AUGGCUCAAGGUGACGGCAACAUCGCUGAACAUGUCAUUCAGGAUGACGGUUUUGAUGAGUUACCUUUUUUGGAAUUGUUGCCAGAUUAUGUGAUUCAAGCUACAAUUGAAGAUGGUGAUGUCCGGAGGACUCUUCCAGAUAUACGCAUUCAACUUCGUUUAGCUCCUAUCAGGCCAAGUAUUUAUAUUAGGUUGGUUCGAAUGUCUAUAAAUGAACUUGCUCAGAAUUUCCUGACAGCUGGUCCUGAACACAAUCCAUUGCUCUCCAUGCUGGCCUGGAAUGCAGAUCACUGGUCUGUCACUUUGCACGCAUCAGGUGACUCUAUGGAUAUUGCAUUUUAUCCAGUUUAUAUUAAUACCCAACCGGCAGAACGUGUGGAGACAUCAGUGAGUGAGUCCAGCACCGACGAUGAACAGCCUGGACCAUCUCAACCAGAUGACCAGAUCAACAACAGCUCUGAGAUUAGAUCUGGAGGAUCACAUAUGGAUGGGUCCAGCAUAGAUGAUGAACAGCCUGGACCUUCUCGCCGGGCCAACAACAGUGAGAUCAGAUCCGGAGCAUCCAGAAUACCUUCUGACCAAAGCUCAGGCAGUCAGGUCGAGAUGAGACAGGGUGUUAAAAGAAAAAGAAAGACGUCUGGCAGUUCAAAGAGUAGAGAACAGAAAAGGAAGAGAUCAGACCACCACUCUGACUCUGAUUCUUCAAGUUUUUCACUCAUCUCAGGCAUUUCUUCUCCAGCAUUACUUGGAGAAACAUCCAGAGAUGAUGAACAGCCUGGACCUUCUCACCUGGUCAACAACAGAUCUGAGAUCAGAACCACUGGAUCCAGCACACCUGCUGACCAAAGCUCAGGCACUCAAGUUGAGAUGAGACAGGGUGUUAAAAGAAAAAGAAAGACGUCUGGCAGGUCAGAAAGCAGAGAAUGGAAAAAGAAGAAAUCGCAUUUUGAUUCAGAUAAUGAUCAGCCUGGACCUUCUCACAGAGACAACAGUGAGGCCAGAGCUGGAGGAUCAUCUAUGGAUGGGGCCAGCACAGAUGACGAACAGCCUGGACCUUCUCACCUGGUCAACAGCAGAUCCGGACGCUCCACAACACCUGCUGACCAAAGCUCAGGCAGUCAGGUCGAGAUGAGACAGGGUGUUAAAAGAAAAAGAAAGACGUCUGGCAGGUCAGAAAGCAGAGAAUGGAAAAAGAAGAAAUCGCAUUUUGAUUCAGAUAAUGAUCAGCCUGGACCUUCUAACAGAGACAACAGUGAGGCCAGAGCUUUAGGAUCAUCUAUGGAUGGGACCAGCACAGAUGACGAACAGCCUGGACCUUCUCACCUGGUCAACAGCAGAUCCGGACGCUCCACAACACCUGCUGACCAAAGCUCAGGCAGUCAGGUCGAGAUGAGACAGGGUGUUAAAAGAAAAAGAAAGACGUCUGGCAGUUCAAAGAGUAGAGAACGGAAAAGGAAGAGAUCAGACCACCACUCUGACUCUGAUUCUUGUUAGCACACCCACAUCACAUGCCGGAGACGUCGGUUCGAAUCCCGCUCAGAACAGGUGGAGUAGGACCGGUUACAUUUGGUGAACCGGAUGGAAGUGAGUUUUAGGAGGAUUGGCAAGCUAGUAAGCCACUCUUUGCAUCCUGUGAUGGAACAGCAUCUGGAGCUGAAUAGAUAUAUGCACGCAUAAGUUCCGCCUUUGACGCAAGUCUGCUCUUCAGUUUCCGGUUGGGGAGAUUUAAAGCGGAGGAGA